UAUCUUCACUAAUUAAGGAUAGGUCCCUAGUUAGAAUGCCUCCCUGCUAAUUUUUCUACUACUUUUUUAAUUUAGUCCAUAUAAGUUUCCUCUAUGUUUUUACCGUUCGUCGUUCUAAUUCUCCGUACGCCAUGAUCAUCUAGAGAGCUUGUUCCUUCGCUUCCAUUUGAUCCCGUCAACCGCUAUCCGACCUAUGGCAUUGGCCGCGCUCCAGAGCGCGGCUUUGGCCGUCAUCGUCCUCGCGGCCGUGACGAUGGCGCCGGCGUUCGUCCCCUGCUCCGCCGAGCUGCAGCGGUUCGAGCGCUCACCCAAGCCCGAUGGGUCGCUCAGCCUGUUGGUCAUCGGAGAUUGGGGAAGGAAUGGGCUGUUUAAUCAAUCGGAAGUGGCGUUUCAGAUGGGAAGGAUUGGAGAUGAAUUAGAUAUAGAUUUGGUGAUAUCCACCGGAGAUAACUUCUACGAGCAUGGCCUUGCCGGCGUCGAUGACAAGAGAUUCGAGGAGUCAUUCUCCAACGUUUACACCGCAAAGAGUCUACAAAAGCAGUGGUACAGUGUCUUGGGAAACCAUGACUACAGAGGAAAUGUGUUAGCACAGCUGAGUCCUGUUCUCCGUAGCAUAGACGGCAGAUGGCUUUGCUUGAGAAGCUUCAUUCUUAAUGCAGAGAUUGUAGACUUCUUCUUCGUGGACACAACUCCAUUUCAGGAAUCGUACUGGACCAACCCAGGGAAACAUCACUAUGACUGGAGAGAGGUUGCACCUCGCGGGACUUACAUUUCAAAUCUACUGAAGGACUUGGAUGCAGCACUAAAAGAAUCCACAGCACCAUGGAAAAUUGUCGUCGGCCACCACACAAUGAAGAGUGUUAGUGAGCACGGAGACACGCCUGAACUUUUAACUCUACUACUCCCUGUUCUCAAGUCAAAUGGUGUGGAUUUAUACGUGAAUGGGCAUGACCAUUGCCUGGAGCAUAUCAGCAGCAAUGACAGGCACAAAAUACUCGUGAGCUUAUUGUUGCUUCGGCAGAUAUAUAGGCUUCAUCUAUUAAUAGCUAGCUCUCUUCCUCGGCAGUCCAAUUCAGUAUCUGACCAGUGGAGGUGGCUCCAAGGCAUGGAGAGGUGUUUCCCAUUCAAACUCAGGCAAGCUUCGUUUCUUUUACGAUGGGCAAGGAUUCAUGUCCCUGCAGCUCACCAGGUCAGCUGCUGAUCUGGCGUUCUAUGACGUGUUCGGCCGAGUUCUUUACAAGUGGAGCGUGGCCAAGUCUCUUCGCCCAGCAGCAUAGGUCAUGUAGUUGAUCAGUGGAUCAUUUGUGAGUAUGUCAUUGUUCAAGGUCUUAGGAUUUGUGUUGCAUUGAAUUAGCAGAGAGUGAGAUUGUAAUGUGGCAGAGAGAGAAUAAUGAUGUUGUAAGAUUUGAGUUGUGAAUGGCCAUGAAUAGUCUGCCGUUUUCUUAA